AUAUCUAUGUCUGCUGUGGACGAGUUUGUUUCUUCGUUGCGUUGUUGGGGGCGAGCCCUAGGUGUGGCAGAGCUAGGGUUUGGGGUUGCGCCGGGGCGCUCAUCGCUGGGCGCUCCCACGCAUUCUUUCAGCCAAGGCGCGGUAUCGAUCGAUUCUUUGCUGCCGCGCUCAUCCCUGUGAGUGAUUUCCUGGCGAAUUGGAAUGGCAAUGGCGGUGCAUUACAAGUUUAAGAGCGCCAAGGACUUCGACUCGGUGCCUAUCGAUGAGCAUUGCAUCUCCAUUGGCAAGCUCAAGGAAAAGAUUUUGCUCAAGCUCAAGCUGGGCAAUGCGUCGUCGGAUUUCGAUUUGGUGGUUUCCAAGCCCGACACGGAUGAAGAAUACUUGGAUGAAGAGUUUAUGCUCUGGGAGAAUACGUCCGUUCUUGUAAGGAGAGUUCCUCGAAAGGCGAUCGUGCAGGAAGCUGCUACCGAGGCUGGCAAAACUAGUCCAGUCUGUAUUACAUCCGAGGAGGACGACAGGAUAAAGGAGUUCGUAGACUCCUCUGCUGCAGAAUGGCUUCGACAGACCAAUGAAAAUCAAGGACCGGGUGGUUCAGGAUCUAGUUUUCAAAAGAAGGUUCCACACCAGGGGUACAUUUGCCAUCGCUGUGGAGUUGCAGGCCAUUUUAUUCAGCAUUGUCCAACGAACGGCGAUCCUUCAUAUGACGUGAAGAAAAUGAAGAUGCCGAGCGGGAUUCCUAGGACGAUGCUCGUCGCAAAUCCUGAUGGGUCUUAUGCCUUACCAACCGGUGAAGCGGCAGCAAUGCAACCAAACGAGGAUGCUUUUGCAAAGGAGAUUGAGGGAGUUAUUCCUAGCGAACCUAUUACGGACGUACCUUCUGAACUUCGCUGCCCUUUAUGUCAAAAUGCUCUCAAAGACGCGGUUCUUACUAGCAAAUGCUGCUUUAAGAGUUAUUGCGAUACAUGCAUUCGUAACGUGCUUUUGGAGAAGACCACGUGUGUAUGUGGAGCCAAAAACAUUCGAGCUGACGAUCUGCUACCUAACAAGACAUUGCGCGAGACUGUUGAUCGGCUGCUGUCAGGGGCAGCUUUGCCUUUGGUGAACACCACGAAAGCUGAAAAGCCUCAAUCGCAAGCUUCUGCAGAUUCGACGACAACGCAUGUUGCUGUUGCUGAUGGAAAAGCUGACGAAGGGAAAGAUGAGUUCGAAGACGUGGAGGAGGUGGAUUACGACGAGGAAGGUUUUGAUGAUCUGAAUAUUGACGAUUUGGACAUAGACGGAGAGCAGUCUGAGAAGACUCCGGAGUCGGAUGCUACGAAAGCCCUUGCUGAAGCUGUCGAGGACAAAAGGUCCCCUGAUGUCGCGGUAAAAUCGAAGGAAGAGAUCCAUGACCAGCCUGAGACUAAAAUGGAGGUGGAGGGCGUUGAACCUUCGAAACGCUCUGAUGAUCGGCAGGUGAUACCAAAGCAACGCUCCGACGGUCGUGGGAAUCCUUUUGCCGUGCAGUACGCAGGAUACUGGUCGGCGUCCCAUAUGAUUGGGGAUCCUGCUUGUAGGCCUCCUCCUUAUGGCUACGCUGGCUACUUUCCCGGAUGCUUUCCGGCGCCCGCACAAUUUCCCUUUCAGCCCUUUCCGGGGCCAAAAUCGUCCAACAGGCCGCUGUCGCGGGAAGAGUUCGAGGCAAGAAAGGCCGACAUCCAACGCAACCGCGGACACACGAACAGAAACCGUGUCCGUGGCGAGGGAUUUUACCAGAUGCCCGAUCGACGAGGCGGACGUCACGGUCGCGCCUACAAGCCACGGAGCAAGAGCCCCCCGCGCCGGAGGAGGAGCCCGGAUAGGCAGAGGCUCCAAAGUAGCAGUCCUCCCAGGCGAGAGAGCACGAGUCCACCCAAAUCCAGGCCUCGCAGAAGCAUGAGUCCGGCCAGGAGAAGCAGCCCCGCCAGGCGUCGCCAGAGUCCUGUGGCGAGAAGCCACCACCACCACGACCACCACCAGCUGAGCCCGAGACUACGGUCCAGGAGCAAGAGCCCUCGUCCUCUCCGGAGCGCGGGUAUCAACAGGAGGCCGCCUCCUCACAGGGAGAUGGAUACAAGCCGGUGGAGUCCACAGCGGUGCCGACGCUACGGCGUUUCCAAGGUGGAGAAGUUCUCGGCCAAGGAAGUUGUGAGGGAGAGUGCCUCCAUGUCGGUCAGGGAGUGGCACGGCGGCAGCAGCAGGGGGUUUGUCGACUUGUCCCCCCGGAGGGAGCGGGAAAUGAUGGCCAGGGAUCUUUACGACGAUGAUGUCAGGCUUGUUGGCAGAGCGCCAGAAGAGCGCUACGUAGCUCCUUCAAAGGCGAUGGUGGUGAGGCCUACGUACAUUGACGACGAUGAGGAUGGUCUGAGGCGUCCUCCAGUGGUGAGGAAGAAAAUGGUGGCGAGGAUGGCUCAGCGCGAGUCGUUUGGUGUGAUGCGGAGGCCCGGUGGCGGCGUGGUGGACGGCAUUUUUGAUGGGAUGGAGGUUCCAGCCAGGAGGACGAAGUCUGUUCUCCGGGCCGCGAGAGGGGCGUCGGCGGAGCUCCUGGACGACGUGUUGGAGGACAGGCGGUAUAUUGAAGAGGAGGAGACGAGGCAGAGGCCCGUGGUGGCGCUCCAACAGAGGAUGCAACGAAAGAAGAGCUUGAUGCUAGUGAGAGCCGGAGCCGACGACGAGGAGGAUGAGGAUGAGGUGCCUGUGACUGUCCAGAGGAGGGCAGUGUUUGCGAGACCAGAUGGUCUCCAGCGGCAGAGGUGCUUGGACGAGGAGGAGGAGGAGGAGGAUGAGCAGUGGAUCGUGCACAGGACUUCCAAGUCGUGCAUGCCGAGAAAGCGGCAGCGGGCACUGGGGCCCAGGGCGAAGGCAAUGGCUCGCCAGAGGAUGGCUCUGUUGGAAGAAGAAGAAGAAGAAGUUGGUGGUGGUGGUGGCGAGUAUGAUGAGUUUGAUGAGGACGAUAAUGGUAUGGAUGGCAAUGAGGAAGACGAGGAAAUGGAAGUGUCUCUUCCCAUGAAGAGGAGGAGGUUGCUUGCAAAGCAGCGAGCACUCUUGCAGCAGCAGGCUGGGAAUCUCGCCAUGAGCAGGGGGAAAAGGAAGAAGAUGAAAGCCGGGCAGGCGGUGAAUGGUGGUGGUGGCGGACCUGGAGCUCAAAACAACAACCAAUGUAAAAUAGUGAAAAGCGUUUUUGAAAGGAUUAGUUUCACCAGCACAGCGAACACGAACAGGGCCGGGAAGAAGAAGCUUACCAAGUCAGGUGGUGGUGGUGGAUCGGGAGGAGGACCGAGAACGGUGGUGUUCUACGGGGACGUAUCGUGAUCAUAGAGGACUUACGUAGGUGGAUCGCUGGUGGCCGGCUGAGCUUGUGAUAACUCGUUACGAUUUAUGAUCUGCCUGCGAAUAAUUUCCUUCGCUUGCCUAGGUAGGGGAAAAAUAUAUAUCCUUUCUUUGUCCCGUUGAGGCAGGUGACAAUAAUGCAAAGAUCUGAGAGAUUUAACGAGCAAAGGUACCUUGUAGAAA